UAGUGAGUGGUUUGAAUGUCCCUCAAGCGCAAGAAGAAGACGUGCUAACGCGUCCGUACACAACACAGUUAGCUGCACUCAGUCAAUAAAAGUGUUUUAAUUUGAUUACAACAUCUUCCGUUUGAGGCGAAAUGCCUCGGUUUGCGCAGCUAGUGAUGGGUCCGGCUGGCAGCGGUAAAAGUACCUACUGCUCCACCAUGGUGCAGCAUUUGGGGACCCUCAACCGCUCGGCUCAGGUGGUCAACCUGGAUCCAGCAGCUGAGCACUUUGACUACCCCGUCAUGGCAGACAUCCGUGAGCUCAUUCAGGUAGAUGACGUCAUGGAGGAUCCCUCGCUCCGAUUUGGCCCUAAUGGAGGCCUGGUCUUCUGCAUGGAGUACUUUGCCAACAACUUUGACUGGCUAGAUGAAAGCCUGGGACAUGUAGAGGAUGACUACAUCCUCUUUGACUGCCCAGGUCAGAUUGAACUUUAUACACACCUCCCUGUAAUGAAGCAGCUGGUGGAACAGCUCCAGCAGCGGGAGUUUCGGGUGUGUGGGGUCUUUCUGGUCGACUCACAGUUCAUGGUGGAGUCUUUUAAGUUCAUCUCAGGAGUCAUGGCUGCCCUGAGUGCCAUGGUGUUGUUAGAGAUCCCUCAAAUAAACAUCAUGACCAAAAUGGACCUGCUGAGUCCCAAAGCCAAGAAGGAGAUUGAGAAAUACCUGGACCCAGACAUGUACGCAAUGAUGGAAGAUAACUCUGAUAACAUCAGAAGCAAAAAGUUCAAGAGUCUGACUAAAGCCAUUUGUGGUCUGAUUGAUGACUACAGUAUGGUGAGAUUCAUGCCUUUUGACCGCACAGAUGAGGAGGGUGUUAACAUGGUACUGCAAAAUAUUGACUUCUCAAUUCAGUAUGGAGAGGACCUUGAAUUUAAGGAGCCAAAGGAGGUUGAUGACGAUUCUGGUGACCUAAAUUAUGAUGAGGCUUUUCAAGACAAAGUGGAUAGCUGAACAAGAGAGUGACUCCGGGAUUUCUACAAAAGCCGGACUAGAGUUGGAAAAGAAAAAAUCAUUGAAGGCCGACAAAGAACCAGGAAAUAUUAUAUCAACUCCAGAUGGAGCAUAGCGUGAGAAUACAAGGACAAGAAAGGCACGUAUGUGGGGAAAAGACUGACAAAAGAUCCCAAACACCUUGUAUCAUUUAUGUUUAAGUAUUUGUUUGUGUCCUUUUGAAUAUAUUUGGGAUUUGAA